CGCCUGACACAAGCCAGUGACGCCAUUUUGAAGUGGUCCCGAGCAGAGGAGACGGUCUUGGAAAAUUCAGCUCGUCCUGUACUGCGCGGAUUUAACUGCAACCUUUUUUAGCUCUCCUUGCUAGCGAACCGAACCUCGGUUCUCCCGCGUGCACUGAGAGACCAAUUUGGACCGCGGAGGGGUUCGGUUGGAGCCACUUUGAAGCGGGACGCCGCUCGUAUUCGGAAUAGCCGUAUCCCCGCUGGAGCGGCCGGAGCCGUGGUGGUGUUGGCCGGGCAGCCCCGCCGGACUCUAGGAGGAAGCCGAAGCUCGAAUUCGGAGUAAAACGUCAACCAGACGCUGUAAAGCUGCGGUUUUUGGUUUUAAUUUGACGGGGAUGGUCAAUUCCGGUACAUUUUGAUGUGUUUUGGCUAUGCGGCGGAGCUCCGCGAGGAGAAGUUUGAUUGGACGGCGGAGUGCGAUUAAUUUCCAGUCCGAUGGAUGUUAGCCCUGCCCGGCUGUGGCUCGGCUCCCUGCACCGCUCCUCGGAAGCCCCGUGCACCGGCGAUCUGUCCGUCAAGCCGGAGACCUGGCGACUCCACGCCGCCGUGGAGCCGACCUCCAUCGCCUGCCUGUAAACCUGGAAAUACCAUCGAUCCCCUCUUCAUCAUCAUCAUCAUCCUCAGUGUGUGGACUUACCUGGGAUCUUUCGGAUUUAGACUCUUUAAUGAAUUAAAAUGGUCAACUCGGACAAACCGGGUUGUCUAGAGGACUUCUAACCGAUUCGAUAUUUGAGAUUUUAUCGAUUUUUUAAAUCAGUUUUUAUAUCUAUUUUUGAACAUUGAUUGGAUCAAACUCGGAUGGAAAAUGGGAGACGCCACAAAACUGGCCAUAGCCGUUUUCCUCAUCUCCUGUUCUUCAGGUGCCAUCCUGGGACGCUCCGAGACCCAGAAGUGCAUCUACUACAACUCCAGCUUUGAAAAAGAUGGAACCAACCGCAGCGGCAUCGAGCCCUGCUACGGCGAAAACGACAAGCGGCGGCACUGCUACGCCACGUGGAAGAACGUCUCGGGGAACAUCGAGAUCGUCAAGCAGGGCUGCUGGCUGGACGACAUGAACUGCUACGACAGCAGUGAGUGCGUGGAGAAGAAGGAGAGUCCGGACGUCUACUUCUGCUGCUGCGAAGGGAACCUGUGCAACGAGAAGUUCAUGCACGCUCCGGACGGGCCCCAACAGAACGACCAUUCAACCGCUUACACCACCUCCAACCCCUUCCCGCAGAAGCCGCAGCUCUUCAGCACCAUGCUGUACUCGCUGGUUCCCAUCGUGGGGCUCGCCGCCGUCGUCCUCUUCUCCUUCUGGAUGUGGAGGCACCACAAACUGGCCUACCCCGCCCUGGUGCCCACCCACCACGCCUUUCACAUUAUGGUGGAGGACCCCGGGCCCUCGCCGCCGUCCCCCAUCCUGGGCCACAAACCCCUGCAGCUGAUCGAGGUGAAAGCCAGGGGGCGCUUCGGCUGCGUGUGGAAGGCGCAGCUGCUGAGUGAAUACGUGGCCGUCAAGAUCUUCCCCAUCCAGGACAAGCUGUCGUGGCAGAACGAGUACGAGAUCUACACCGUGAGCGGCAUGAAGCACGACAACAUCCUGCACUUCAUCGGCGUGGAGAAGCGCAACAACAACCUGGACCUGGAGCUGUGGCUCAUCACCGCCUACCACGAUAAGGGCUCCCUGACCGACUACCUUAAAGCCAACGUGGUGUCAUGGAACGAGCUCUGCCACAUCGCUCAGACGGCGGCCCGCGGCCUCGCCUACCUGCACGAGGACAUCCCGGGACACAAGGAUGGGCACAAGCCCUCCAUUGCUCACAGGGACAUAAAGAGUAAGAAUCUGCUUCUGAAGACCAACCUGACUGCCUGCAUCGCUGACUUUGGCCUCGCUCUAAAGUUCGAGGCCGGCAAAUCCCCCGGAGACACACACGGACAGGUGGGAACCCGUCGCUACAUGGCCCCCGAGGUCCUGGAGGGCGCCAUCAACUUCCAGCGAGACUCCUUCCUGCGCAUCGACAUGUACGCCUUCGGCCUCGUCCUCUGGGAGUUGGCGUCCCGUUGCACCGCCGCAGACGGCCCGGUGGACGAGUACAUGCUCCCCUUCGAGGAGGAGGUGGGCCAGCACCCGUCCCUGGAGGACAUGCAGGAGGUGGUGGUGCACAAGAAGCUGCGGCCCUGCCUGAGAGACUGCUGGCAGAAACACACGGGCCUGACCAUCCUCUGCGAAACCAUCGAGGACUGCUGGGACCACGAGGCCGAGGCCCGCCUGUCCGCCGGCUGCGUGGAGGAGCGCAUCGGCCAGAUGCAGCGCCAGGCCCCCAUCAUCGGCCCGGACGAGAUCGUCACCAUGGUGACGAACGUGGACCUCCCCCCAAAGGAGUCUAGCCUAUGAUCACCUAACCAGCGGGAAGUCGGCUGGAGGAGAGGAACCUCCGACCCUGGUUGGUCGGUUUGAUGUUUUUGGUUUUGUUCAAGUUUCUUUUUUUUAAUCUUUUAAGUGCGGGCCGCUACUUCAGGAAGCCCCCGCGCCCACCUCACUACAUCAGUCCACGUCAUUUUUGAUCCGUGUGCCUGAGGAUUCGAACGCCCGUCUGUCAGCGGGCGGGACGCUCCGGACGAGCCCGGGACGGCGGGACGCUUCUACCACGCAUCGUUUUUUAUACACACACACGCGUGCAGGAUGUUUGGACUUUUAACUGAACUGCAUUUUAGUGUUUGGAGAAAAAACACAAGAAAAAGGUUAAAAGGUGUCGGGGGAGGGGCCCCGAUGCGCCGCUGUUUCCUGUGUGCGUUCCUCCGAAGAAACGACUCUCUGCCAACAAGCAACGGCUUCUGAAUGUUCAUAGUGUAAUGCUGCUGUACAUAGUGUAUCAUGGACCCUGACUGGUUGUUUAUUAGGCGUACUUUAACCAGGGGAGGCGGGGCUUAAGGGGGGGCGGGUCCAUUUUCAAGCAUUACGACAAUUUAAAACAAGAAAAAAAAACAAAAAAC